AUCCAGUUCAAUUGACAGGCUUAAUGCUAAUUAGACCCACUUCCAAAUUGAACGAGGUGUACUUAGAAAUAUAGGUGAUUACAGUUAGCAUCCUCUGAGCCCACUUCACGUCGGCCCAAGUUCAACGAAAACCUUUCUCUUUACAUAAUUCGAUAAACCCUAAUGACCGAAACCCUCUUUUCUCUGGAAUCCUCGCCGUCCCUGUUAAGCCUUUACCAAAAAUGUCCCUUCUCCGUAGACUUCCCAAGGGAUUUCUUUAUCCCCAAACUGUCCUCACCACUCGCUUUUACACCACCCAAAGCCCCAGCCCCGACACUUUCCCAGACGUUCCCACUGUCGCUUACUACGACGAACAGGUUAACAAAGCUGGCCAAGAACGAGACCUAGAGACUUUACGACACCUUCUCAACAAGCGCGUGAGAGACAGUUGCUUUAACAGCUCCAACACGUUCAAGUUCAUAACCAACACUGAAAGCUCGUUGUCACUACUAGACGAUCUGACUAAAACACUUGCUCGUCUCGAUAACGGAUUUCCUCGCAAGACUGCAUUCGAUUCGCUCAUCGCACGUCUCUGUAAACUGAAAAGGGUCGACGAGGCGUUGCGCGUGGUGGACAUCAUGGCGUCGGGGGAUUUUGGUUUGAACGCGUGUACUUUUCACCCGAUACUGAGCGCGUUGACUAGGGGGAAGAUGAUGGAGAAAGCGUUGCGUGUGGUAGAGUUAAUGAGAGAGAUUAAAGUCUUCCCCGAUGUAACGGCGCACAAUUACUUGUUGACUGCUUACUGUUUUAAGGGAGAUCUAACGGCUGCAAGUGAAGUUUUGAAAAAGAUCGAGGAAGAGGGACUAAGUCCUGAUGCACGUACGUAUGAUGCACUGGUGUUAGGCGCGUGUGCAGCGGGAAAGUUGGAUGGUGCGUUUGUGUUGCUAAGGAGGAUGGUGGACGAUGGACAGUCAGGUCAGUACUCUACCUACUCUAAUAUUGUUGGCGCGUUGUUGAGGCUGGGCUAUUAUACGCAGGCGGUGAAGUUCGUGAUGGUUUGCGGAAAUAGAGAUGUAAAAUUGGACACAGAGAAUUAUGGAUGUCUGGCUAGUAAGCUUAUUAACUUGGAUAAAAAGGACGAGGCAAUGGUAAUUUUGAAGGAGAUGAAUAGAAGGGAUUUAUCUAUGGGCCAUAAGCUGAGAAAUUUUUAUGAAAUGAACGGUAGUUGAAUAAUUUACUUUUUACAGCAAUUAAAAUUAAUCUUACUAUGGUAA